CUCCACUCCUGGGAACCGGCAUUGCCGGCAGCCUUGCCACAGUGCAAAGGCCAUAGACUGAUUUGGUCACUUGGGUUCACCCCUAUUCUCUGGCUUCAAUUUGUUGAAUCAGUUGUUGUCAUUUUUCCAAAGAAAGACUCGAUCAUGGUUUGAGAAUGCUCUCCCCUGAAUCCGUCCAGAACACAUUAAAGAGUAAGCGUAAAGGGCGGAAUCUGAGACCUUGCUAUCCCUGCAGGCAGAGAAAAGUCAAGUGCAGCGACACGCGACCCUGCAGAAGGUGCGUCGAGCGGCGGCAUGAGCACCUUUGCUCUUACGAACCUCCUUCAAAGUCGUGCGAACCAGGAGGUCCAGGAUUGACCAAAAGGCGACGAGGACAAGGGGAUUACGGCUCCCCAAAUAGAUCACAACCUGGCAGUCCGCAACAUGCUUCUACCCCACCCCAAGCCGCUCCUACCUAUCACGCGGUAGAGGAUGCCGAACCUAAGCUUAAUUCGCUGACACCUGCGACAAGUGUCUUCUUAGGUGAACAGUCAGUCCCUUCCUUCGUCGAAGAACAGAUCAGCCAGGGAGUCUCGCCUCAUGAUGACGGUGCCGCAGAGAUCAGACAGACAGCAUUGCCUAUGCUCGGGCUCCAACCGUCUGAACAGGAGCUUUUUCCCCAGUGGCAAACCAGUGGUGAAUAUGCCCAGAGCAUACAAGAGGCUUUGCCAGACAAAACUGAAAUUCUCGAGCUGUUCUCCCGCUAUCUCCAUGUCGUCUACCCGCUCAAUCCAUUUCUCCUCGACAUUGGACGGUUUGAAAUUGAAAUCGGCCGCCUUUUGGAAGCGCCUUCGUCUCGAUCUCUCCAAAACCCUCAGAUCUACCUUCUAAGGUCGAAGCCUGCCUGGACUGCGCUCCUGUUUGCGGUCCUCGCGUCCGGACUUCAAUGUGCUCGUGUCCGCACAUCUGAUGAUAAGCUUAAAUGCCGUCGUCAUAUCUCUACAGCAUUCCACUGUUUGCAUCUUGCACAAGCGUCUGUCAAACCUUCAUUAGACUGCAUCCAAGCCCUUGUGGUCCUUGUACACGUCCUUCAGAACGAACUACUCACUGAGGCUGCUUGGACCUUGGUCGGGCUGGUAAGCCGACAGGCCCAAUCGUUGGGGCUGCACGUGGAGAAAACAAGCCUACAGCAAGAUGGAAGUAACGGAGUCAGGCAAGUCCAGCUGUGGUGGAUAAUCAUGUGGCAAGAUAGUCUCCUGUCGCUGUGUUUCGACCGAGCACCCGUAACUGCCGUCAAAUGUACGGACCCAUUUCACACUCUGGUUGUCGGCGACAAGGAACUGGGAUAUCAAGAAGCGAUGUGCGCCCUAACUCAUGUCACCCUGAAGAUCAGCGCUCGCCGCUAUGCCUUCGAUUUGACCAACUCCGCGAAUACCACCUACGAGGAUGUCAUGCGGGAUUUCAAUAUGGUUGAGCAAAUCAAAGCAAAGCUGCGUGCAGAAAUCCGGGUGCAUGAUAGUUGCAGAAGCAUCCAGGAUCUCGUCCAUUACACCUGUUUCAGACUGCAUUCGUCGUUUGUGCAGGGGGCGCUUCUGCGGCCGUCCUUGAACACCAAGAACUGGCGUUAUCUGGCCCCCAGCCAAAGGCAGGAGUUGGCCACCAAAUGCAUCAAUUCCUACAAAAACUCCCUGGACGCAUAUCUCAAUCUACUGGCGACAAGCACAAGUGCAAGACGGUCGUGGGCAAUGUUGCACAAUGGGCUUGCAUCGGCACUCAUCUUGGCCAUCACAGGCCAAAUAAAACAUGAUUCCUCUGUGGCGUCCAUGUUGGAACGCUUGUUUGCGACACUGCGAGCCGACUCUUCUCCCAGCGAAGCUUCAACCAAAGAACUCUGGGACCCCCACGAGAGAGGCUUGUGGGCGCUGCAAAGGAUGUAUGAACGUCAGACCAUGGAAGCGACUUCCUCCAUCAUGCCCCUUGCUGAUCCAGUGAUGGGCACCAUAUCUGCCGGGGCAGGUAAUGGUGGCGUCUCGACUCCUAGUCCAGCUCCGGGGCCAGUUCCUUCGGCCGCAGAGCCCUUUGACAUAGACUAUUUCACGUUUGAUCCGCAAUCGAUUGGAGAAAUAUCCGCUUUUCUGCCUGACAAUGUCACCGAUGGUGACCUUAUGGUUGACGACGUUUUCGAUUCGGUACUGUGGGGAUCUGGUUGAUCAAUGAGAGAACGAGAGACACGGGGUCAAAAUCACCUGUGUGGUUGAAACAGGAAAGAGAACCACGACUGCAUCCCAUGACGCCGAAAGCCAAGUCAACCACCUCUUCACGUCAUCAAUCAGCGAUGUCAAACUCUUCUUAUCAUUGGCCAUUUUUCGGCACUGGCGUCGGCACUGCUGCAGCGAUGAUAUCUGUAUAUCUAACAGGGCAUGUUCAAAUCCGAGAUGAGAGAUUAAGCGCUACAGGCACCCUUGCAUAUUGCUACGAAGGUGAUUUAUCUCUAGGAUCUAUGUAGAAGCUCAGCACUAUCGAAGAUACUGACUAGAUCAUCAAUGAGUGGAAAAUGGCCACCCUGGACGAGGAAAUGAAGAAUUCGCGACACCCCAACGCUCUAAUACCGUCCCGACAGAAUAGCCCUGCGGCAGUUUGUUGACAAUUCACUUCCCAAACCCCCAAGCCA